AGCGCGAUGGCGGCGGCUCCUUCAGGCAGCUGAAGGGGGAUUUAGGCCCGGAAGAUCCGAGUCCAUCCGCGACGGGGAGAGGGCGAGCGGGGUUGGCGGGGGCCGGAGCAGGGGCGGCGGCGCUCGGACUGUCCCAUCCGCCCCGUAUUGAGGCGCUGGGAGCAGCGGGGCGGCCGGAAAGCGAUGGUGAAAGCGGGGCCGUGAGGGGGGCGGAGCCGGUAGCCCGACCCGCCGUAGCGGCAGCAGCGGCACCGCCUCCCCGAGCUCAGAGCCAGGAAGCGGCCGGGAGGGCAGGAGCGAGCCGGACCCGCUGCCGCCGCCGCCGCCGCCAUGGAGCUCAGAGUCGGGAACAGGUACCGGCUGGGCCGGAAGAUCGGCAGCGGCUCCUUCGGAGACAUCUAUCUCGGUACGGACAUUGCUGCAGGAGAAGAAGUUGCCAUCAAGCUUGAAUGUGUCAAAACCAAACACCCUCAGCUCCACAUUGAGAGCAAAAUCUACAAAAUGAUGCAGGGAGGAGUGGGCAUCCCCACCAUCCGGUGGUGCGGGGCAGAGGGGGACUACAACGUCAUGGUGAUGGAGCUGUUGGGGCCGAGCCUGGAGGACCUGUUCAACUUCUGCUCAAGGAAAUUCAGCCUCAAAACUGUCCUGCUGCUUGCUGACCAGAUGAUUAGUCGCAUCGAAUACAUUCAUUCAAAGAACUUCAUCCACCGAGAUGUGAAGCCGGAUAACUUUCUCAUGGGGCUGGGGAAGAAGGGCAACCUGGUCUACAUCAUCGACUUUGGGCUGGCCAAGAAGUACCGGGACGCCAGGACCCACCAGCACAUCCCCUACCGCGAGAACAAAAACCUCACCGGGACGGCGCGCUACGCCUCCAUCAACACGCAUCUUGGAAUCGAACAAUCUCGAAGAGAUGACCUGGAGUCACUGGGCUAUGUGCUCAUGUACUUCAAUCUGGGCUCUCUGCCCUGGCAGGGGCUGAAGGCAGCCACCAAGAGGCAGAAGUAUGAGCGGAUUAGCGAGAAGAAGAUGUCCACCCCCAUCGAAGUGCUGUGUAAAAGCUACCCCUCUGAGUUUGCCACGUACCUGAAUUUCUGCCGUUCCUUGCGUUUUGACGACAAGCCUGACUACUCCUACCUGAGGCAGCUCUUCAGGAAUCUCUUCCACCGCCAGGGCUUCUCCUAUGACUACGUGUUCGACUGGAACAUGCUCAAAUUCGGAGCCAGCCGGGCCGCUGAUGACUCCGAGCGGGAGCGCCGGGACCGAGAGGAGCGGCUGCGGCACUCCCGAAACCCAGCCGCCCGCGGCCUCCCCUCCACGGCCUCUGGCCGCCUGCGGGGCACCCAGGAAGUGGCUCCUCCCACCCCCCUCACCCCUACCUCACACACUGCUAACACCUCUCCUCGGCCCGUGUCCGGUGUGGAAAGAGAGCGGAAAGUGAGUAUGCGGCUGCACCGCGGCGCCCCUGUCAACAUCUCGUCCUCCGAUCUCACAGGCCGGCAAGACACCUCCCGCAUGUCCACCUCACAGAUUCCCGGUCGGGUGGCUUCCAGUGGUCUUCAGUCUGUGGUGCACCGAUGAGAACUCUCCUUUUUGCUGUGAAGGGCAGACAAUGCAUGGCUGAUCUACUCUGUUACAAUGGCUUUACUAGUGACGCGCCCCCCGGUCUAGAACCGAAAUGUUAACACCGGGAGCUCUCCAGGCCGCCCACCCAGCGACGCCCGUGGGGGAAACAAAAACUAAACCAGACAGACUCCAAAGCGCUGCCGUGACAGGGGCUGCACCGCGGGCCCCCCACGUGGACUCGGUUGUCGCGGGCUGGGAAGAAAAGCAGAGUGAGAGAGACAGUUGCAGAGAGAACCAAACUCCCGCUCCAGAGCCUUUCAGUUCCCCUCCAGUGGCGGUGCGCCCCGCUCCCUGACAAGCCUACUGUAACCACCGAUCUUCUACUUGGUUAAGACAGUUUUGUAUCAUUUUGCUAAAAAUUACUGGCUUAAAUCUGUGUAAAGAAA